AUGAUCAACAGGGUUUUCUUUGCUUGCCUGUUUCUCGGUCUGGUCACUGCAGGCUCCUCGUUGAGCUGCAAAUGGAUGGAUGAUAAAUUCAAACAGCACAACGAAGAAACUCUGAAACUACUUGAUACCAUGGCUAAUAAUUCCACUAACAUCACUGAAGUGGAGGACACCGUGCCCUUCCCUAAUCACUUGUACCGCCAGGUGUCCAAAGCAUCAGCUGAGGAUAAACUGGCUUUCACAGUUCAGGUUCUGGAGGAGGUGGCUGCCCUGUUUGAGGAGGAUCACAGCUCUGCAUCAUGGGAGGACAGCACAGUGAGGAACUUUCUCAAUAUUGUCAACAAACAGGCUGAAGAGCUUCACUCCUGUAUUGGGAGCCACAGUCACAAGAAGAAGAAUUCACAGCUGUAUUUCAAGACAGAAAUGUAUUUCAAAAGGCUUUCAGAUGAUGUCCUAAAGAAGAAGGGUCACAGUGCUGAAGCCUGGGAGGUGAUCAGGAAGGAAACCAAAGCCCAUCUCAUGAUAGCAGAACCGCUGGCUUCAUCUCUGCACACUGUCAACUAAAAUCUGUCUGUUACAGGAAG